AUGAAGUGUGGCGUAUGGAAUGCGAGAAGUGUCAGAAAUAAGAGGGAGGAAGUUAGAAGGUUGACAGAAGGUUUGGAUGUGCUAGCGAUAGUAGAAACCUGGUUGAGGCCGGAGGAGAUGUUUAGAAUACCAGGAUGGCAUGUAAUCAGGAAGGAUAGUGAGACGGAGAAUAGAAGUGGGGGUAUGUGCGUGAUGGUUAGGGAAAAUAUUAAGGUGUUAAACACAGGAGUGUACCUUAGAAAUAAUAGUAAGUGGAAAAACAUGUGUGUAGAAAUAAAAACGAUGAGAGGGAAAUUAGAAAUAGUACUGGUGUAUAGGAGACCGGGAACGGGGUUAAGUAAGGAGGAAUGUAGGAGACUUUUUAGGAAUGCGAGGGCAGGAAAUAAGAGGAUUUUUAUAGGAGAUUUUAAUGCAAAGAGUAGGAGUUGGAAUUGUGAGAGUAGCGAUGUUGCGGGGGAGGUCCUGGAAGAGGUGUUGGACGAGGAAAACAUGGUGGUGGUGAAUUUUGGAACACUGUCCAGAAUAGGAAGGCCGGACCAGGUAGCGUCCAAUAUAGAUCUCGUCAUUACCACGGCAGAGGAAGCAUUGAAUGUCAGGAUAAGAGAGACAGGGGAGACCGGGGGAUCGGAUCAUCAGGUGAUUGAAUUUGGGAGUGAAGAUGAGGUAAGGGAGAUAGUCAGAGGGGAAAAAAGGGUGGAGGAUAAGUGUAGAGACAUAGUGAAUUUGAUGAAGAGAGGAAUUGAGGAAAAUUAUAAAGGAGGGAACAGGGGGAGAGAACGGGAAAACAGGGGAAAUGUAAAUGGGAAUGUAAGUAGGAAUAGGGAUAGGAAUGGAGGGGAGAGAAGGAAAGAGAAAAGACAGCCGUGGUUGGAUGAGGAGUGUGAGGAACUGAAGGAGGAAAGAAGGAAAGCGGUGAAGGAAAUGGGGAAAAGGCCAACGGAAGAGAAUUGGAAUAAACUCAAAGAAGCAAGAAAAAAGAUGGAGGAAGCGGUCAAAAGAAAGAAGAAGAAGGCAUGGGAAGAUUUUGCCAAAAGUAUAAAAUACAAAGGCAAUGUAGGAGAAAUGUGGAAGAGGGUUAGGAGCUUGGCGAAAGGAGUGGCGGCAGAAGACCAAAGAAAUAUCGGAAUAUGGGAAAUCCAGAAGCUGGAGGAGGAGGAGGUAAGGAAAUUAGAAGAAUCAGAAUAUUGUUGUAGAUGCGAAGAAGGGGAGAGAGAGGAGGAGGAUGCGGAAAGAGAAGAGGAGGGGACUAUGGAGGCUGAAAGGAAUGAUGGAGAAGAAACUGCAGGAAUAGAGGAGGAGGAAGAGGAGUGGAUUGUAAGAGAUUUCGAGAUGGAAGAAUUGGAGGAGGCGUUAUCCAGAGUUAAGGGCAAGGCAGCGCCGGGAGAGGAUGGUAUUGGGUAUGAUAUUAUAAAACUAUGGACUAUGGGAUGGAAGGAAGCGAUGCUGGAGCUGUAUAAUGAGAUAUGA